GAACUCUGCUCUUGCGCACAAACCCAAAACAGAAAUAUAAACGAGGUGGCGCACGCAGGCAGCUCGCUAGCGACAGUCUCAUUCAAUCGCAUGGGGCUGCAGCUGAGUAAUUCUGCAAGCGGAUCUUCAAGAGCAUUCGCCACGGAACCUUCCUCCGUGCACCACCGCAUGCAGCUGCUAGCCUGCUGAGCAUCCGUCCAGCUUGUUGAAACGUCCAAAGCGAUCGACCCGACCGGGCGAGGUUAGCGAGAGAGAAGGGCAGAGAGAGGUGGGUUUGGGGACGUUUGGCGGAGGAGGUGGGUGACCAGGUGAAGGAGGUGGUGGUGGCGAGCUGCGUGCCGCGUCUGCUGCUAUGGACGUGCUGCCCAGCUACAGCAUCUUCCACGAGCUCCAGGUGGUGCACGACACGGGAUAUUUCUCUGCGAUGCCGUCGCUCGAGGAGACCUGGCAGCAGAUUUGUCUGGAGAUGGAGCGAUACCUCCAAACGGAGCCGAGCGGCGGUGCCGGCGGUGGCGGCCGUGGCGGCGGAGGGAGCGGCAGCAGCCAGCCCUGCCAGCGUCGCGAGCGCGAGCACAGCGAGGGCAAUCCCUGGCAGCGCUUUCUCGCCGCCUGCUCAGAGCAGAGCGAAACGCCUACGGUGGCGGCGCCGACGAUCCUCGCUUGCCAGCCGGGCGGCCAUGCCGCCGGCCUGAUGCUCGCGCGCUCCGACUCGGUGGAGGACGCCGCCGAGCGGAGCUGCCAGAGCGUGAGCCCCACGGAGAGCGACGCGUCGUGGGAGAGCGUCAUCGGCGACGGAGUCUCCCUGCCCGGCUUGCCCCGCACACCGAGCGCCGAGCAGCUGAGCGACGCCGGAAGCCUCACGCCGCCGUCCUCUCCCGAACACUCGCCGUCCGAGGGGGUGCAAACCCCCGCGGAGGGGGGCGCGGACGUUGACCCGGCGCGAACCGUCUCCCUCCUCCACCAGCACCACCGCGUCGCCAAGGUGACGGUGGCGACGGUGGCCGAGGCGGUGGCGAUCGCCGUCGCCAAGCCGUGCCGGGUCGGUGGGGAGGCCGAGGGCUCGCUGGAGAUCAAGAAGAGAAUUCACCGCUGCCCCUUCAGCGGUUGCCGCAAGGUGUACACCAAGAGCUCGCACCUCAAGGCUCAUCAGCGUACGCACACAGGCGAGAAGCCGUACAAGUGCUCCUGGGAGGGCUGCGAGUGGCGCUUCGCACGGAGCGACGAGCUGACGCGGCACUACCGCAAGCACACGGGGGCGAAGCCCUUCAAGUGCGCGCACUGCGACAGGUCAUUCUCAAGGUCUGAUCACCUGGCGCUGCACAUGAAGAGGCACCAAUGACGACCGGUGCUUUGGUGCCAGCGCCAUUUUUAUCGGUGGAUAUUUCCAGGACUGAAAUAAAGCCAUAAUAGCAAUAAAAUAUUAAUACUGUAAUAAUAAUGAUGAUGAUGAUGAUACAUUAAUUCAAAAAAUACACACAAAAAAAAAACCAUAAAAUAAAAAAACAAAAAAACAUAUAUUUCAAGUACGUGGAGCUCUCCUGGCACAACGGCUGUGUUGGCCUGUGCUGCGGCUGUCAUGGACAGUGACACCUUGGCUGGCUAUGCGCCCCUUCGUGUUCCUGCUUCUCCGUGACUUCACUGCCGUCACUUCCGAACUCUCAACACGGCCACCAGGCUUCCCUCUGCCCCGCCAUCUGCGCGCGCUCAACUUCCUGUUCGAAUUGUGACAUUCCAACAGAAAGGGCGACCCAAGCACCUGCCGUGAGCGAGGCGCCGCUGCGUCGUACGGGGACUUUCUGGGUCCUUAAGGAGCAUUUGCGUUUAAACAAGAUGCAUCGCCACGUACCAUUUUAUGUCAAUAUCACUUUUUAAGUUGCCGAUAUAAAAUAAAAACCGGACGGGUGAUGUGUUCCUAGGUUGAGCUGCAUUGGGCGUCUUGACAAGGCUGUUGGAUCGAGACUUGACAUUGAAUCCAUCGCAAGCAGCAGUAUGCGACGAGUUAAAAGCCGAUUCGUAGUAAAACGGUUGUCCCCACCACGUUCCCUUUUUUUGGGUCCAGCCAACAGUGUCUGAUGCAGGGAAGUUUAGCGAGCACCUGGACCGCGGUGCAUAACUUGGGGCGUUUUGCUCGACAGCCUCGUUCUGGAUCGAGCAGCAACUGCAGAAGUGGAAACACGAACCCGUAUAUUUGCAGCCACGUGCAACCAAUGACCCACCUCGGUUUUGGUCUUUCCUCAAAAAAGAUAACAGGGGCGGCGCGUGUAACUUGUGCGGUCUGCUCCGGUUUGCGCCACAACCUGGCGGCAGGAGCCAGGUGCGUGGCUCGGCAACAAAAUCCAAGAGGAAACGUGCGGUGCAACGUCGGCAUACUUGACGGACAAUAAAUGUACCAAACACGGCCACUUGAUGAACAUACGUAUGUGCCUUACACUAAAGGAAUCUCUGGAGCCAUGCAUCGCACUCGCAGUGUGUGUGCGCGUGUGUUCCUCUAUCCACUUCGUAAGUAAUGUUGGGUUUUUUAUACAGUACUUAUAAAGACACGUUAAAAUGUAUGUAUCGUAAUAUAGCCGAUGCCCUUUUUGUACACUUGUAUUUAUUACCAAAGCUGAACGUAUGUACCAUCGUAACCCUCGGCACAUCUCAUGCCUUAGAUACGUGGAGUGGCAAAUAUUGGAAUCGUUCUGAAACCUGGUUUGACACUCCAAACCCAGUCUGCUGAUUUGACUGUCGGUCACAAGACCCACUUAAAAUAUCUUUGCAAUGCAAAUGUUUAAAGGUAUUCUUUGGCAACUAUGAGUUCAUAAUUUGAUUUUUAUUUUAAUAUUGUUUGAAAAGCAUGUUGAACAUGACGCACUAACUGAUACAAUUCUCUGUAUAGAGGAUGUGAAUUCUUGCCUUAAUGUUUUAGGAAUACAGGACUGUACAUUCCCACUCGACAGAAAUGGCCACAAAUGGGUAUUUAUGAGUUCCAAAGUGGAAAGCAGCUAAAAUUAUUGCUAAAGAAAUAAUUUAUUUUUGUUUACUAUUUUUGUAAAUUUGUGUAAAUUUGUAGCUAAAUUACGAAAUGCAAUGGUUUAUUUGAAAUUUCUUAAAAAAAAAACAAAUGGGUACAAAAUUCACACCAAGGAGGUCACCACCGUUAAAGUUCUAAUUCGAAAUAAAUAUUUCAACACAGGUCAUCCCUUCAUAUAUACACGAUUCCAGCCAGGUACAGCAGUAUGUCCACAGCAGUGGGGGGUACGUAGCUGCACGAGUCUUUAAAGUCCGUGGCCCUUAGGUCACAAGUUCCAGAGGCCUACAAUCAGGCUUUUUAAGCUCCUGUUACUGCACCUUAUGCAAAGCAACAACUCCCAAAGACAUUCUGCCAUAGCUGGUUAUAGCACUCUGUUUUGUAGAAAUUGUAAAACAAAAUAUUAAAAAAAUGUAAAAAUAAAAAACAUGUACAUGUUGUAAGAUUAUGGCGUUGUAAGUCUUUUCGUCUUGAUCUUUGGUUACCAUUGUACAUGUCCUUUUACAAAAAAAUGGCUGUAUAUGAGGUUUUUUUUUGGCAAGACUGAUGAAUGUAAGCCUAUUUGUGUCAUUAAAGUAGGUGGCAUUUCACGAAA